AUGUCUCCACAAGCAACGCGUGAUCCAAUCACUUGUCACAUUCUAGACACACACCGUGGCCGUCCAGCAUCCUCAGUGCUUGUGCAAUUAUACAACAUAUCCCCUGUAACACCAGAUACAUUUUCGUCAACACCAUUUGCGCAAGCCAAAACUGAUGCCGAUGGUCGUAUCACCAAAUGGAAUUUCGAUCCUGAUGUUGAUGCAAAACUGACAGGAGUCGAAGAUAAUAAAUGGGUGAGAGUUGUUCCUGGUGAUUACAAGAUAAAGUUCUUAACUGGCAAAUACUUUGCUGAAGGUGCAGGAAACGACAAUGGCGACGGCAAGGGAAGAAGUUUUUUUCCAUAUGUGGAAGUGGUGUUUACAGUAGAUGACGUAAAUGGCCAUUACCAUAUUCCUUUACUCUUGAGCAAUUAUAGUUACACAACUUACAGAGGUAGUUAA